AUGGGAGCUUCGGAGUCAAAGCUAGUCUUCAAGCAGGGAAUUUUCCGUCUUUCAGAGGAGAAGGACAUUCCUGCCGACGAUCCGUACUGGGCCAGAUUCUGGGAGCUCCCAGAGUCCACCGAAGAUGUCUUCAGUUUAUUCACCCCCGCCGACAUACGACGGACUCGCGAUAACGCACUAUCCAACUUUGAAACGCUAUUGCUCUCUGUAACAUCUCGUCUCAGUAUAUUAAAGAAUCAUCCCUCGUUUCCAGACCCUGAGCUUGCUCCCGACCGUGACGCCCUUAACUGUAUUCGCAUCUUGACCCGUAUCCUCCCUUUCGUUUACGAAGCUGAGCACCUGGAGGACUGGGAGGACAAAUUCUUUUGGGGUCGCCGGAAGAAGAAGACAAGAGAAGCACAAGUGGCAGCCGAGAUACUCUUUGAUGAGGCGCAAGCUGAGGAACCACGAACGUCGCCAGGGCCCAAUGAUUAUGAAGAGGUGAAGCCUUUGGCUGAGGAAUUAAUUGAUACACUUGUGGAUCUUCUCUUCUACACAGACUUCACCAUUCCAAAGCUUCCGACGACCAAAAGCAAAGUGUCCUAUUCAAUAUGGCAGAGCGGUACCAUCAAAUAUAACCCUGCUUCCUGGAGGGUGCCCUAUGACCAUGUUGUCUGGAAAGAUCCUAAGCAAAUAUUAGUUAUAUAUUGCUUGCAGUUUCUUUUGGUGCUCCUCUUAUAUCCAAUCCCAGAAGAUGGGCGCGGAGCUGCACCAAAGAAUUACUACCGCCAUUACUUCGGAAGGCUACAUAGGCCGCAGGACUUUCAAUUCCUCGUUGAUGGCAUGACCAGAAUCUUAAAUCAGCCAAUGCAGGCAACAAAUUCCUACCUUCCCGGUAGUCAAAAGACUGUCAAGUGGGCACCCGAGAUGAUGAUGCUCUUCUGGGAAGCUUUACAAUGCAAUAAGCGAUUUAGAUCAUUCAUCAUUGACUCUAACCGCUCGCAUGACUUCGUCAUUCUUUGUAUCUUCUAUGCUAUUGUAUACAAGUCUGACCCUUCACAGCAAGGCGUGGUCAGGAUGUGUAUCUUUAUUACACAGACAAUGAGCGUCGAACCCAAUUUUGGAAAGAGUCUGAACAAGAAAUUCGAAGCUCAAGAGACGCUUCCACAAAGCAUUCGUAUUCCUGGUUUCAGGGGAUCUUAUGCCGACUACUUGAUCAUGUCCGUUCAUACCCUGAUCACCGGAAGCAAAGGCAAAUUAACGGCUGUCUACCCUGCGCUGCUAGCAAUCAUCAACAACAUAGCUGCAUACGUCGAAAACCUGUCCCCAGCUGCAUGCUCCAAACUUCUGCAGCUCUUCUCGUCAAUGUCUGCCCCCAGCUUCCUACUAGCUAACGAGACGAAUCAUGCCCUUCUUUCCUCAGUACUUGAGUCCAUCAACGCGCUUCUCGAGCAUCAAUUCACCAGAAAUUCAUUCCUGGUUUACGCCAUUCUUAAACAUAGGAGACGUUUUGAGGCAGUUCAAGAAUUUACGCUCGAGAGCGGACAGCAGGAGAUAGAACGCCAAAGUGAGAGACGGAAGUCGGAAGGCGGGUCUUACGAUUUUGUUUCCAGCCCGGUUCUGUCGGCGACGGAAGAUGAUCCUCACACAGCUUCUGGAGCGCGGUCGCCGUUGGGUCGCAUUCCCGAAGAACACAGUCCGUUUGCAAUUGGUGGGGAUGAUUCAGACGACGAGCGAGAAGAGCAAAAGACGCCGGCCCAAUCGUCUCCGUCUGUUCAGAGUUCUCGUAGACCUUCAAUUUCAUCUGCUGUCGAUGAAAGCGUGCCCCUACAGCUACGGGGAAUGUCCGAAAAAGCACGGGGCAAAAUGCCUGCUGGACAGCCAUCCUUUUCUAGGCAAAAUAGUAUGACUAGUCAGAGUAGUAUGUCGGCGGCCUUUCCAACGGCUCCCAAUGGUUUCACACCAACUGUAGCUUGGCUUGAGUCCUGGCUCCCAGACUUACCACUCCAUACUAUUCUUACUAUCAUUUCAGCCAUUAUGCCCCACAUCCCUGAGUCCGCUUUACAAAGUACUUCUAGCCCGGAAGCUCGGACUCUAAUCAACAAUCUCCCCUCAUUCGCGGAAGAACCAAUGAUCCAAAGUAUCAUCUCAGAGCCCCCUCCGACCCGUGUACAUUCCUUUGAAUGGUCAGCUCUUUCUAUGGGCUGGUAUGAAUCCUUACUGUGGGGAUUCAUCUUCUCGAGUGAGAUGGUCGUUGGCUCCGCUUCGGGCGCCACGCCGGGUACUGUUGGGGUGUGGAAUGGAACCGGCGUCAAACUGUUCAAGGUCCAAGAGGCUGCAGCACAGGGGCCCACGCUGCUUGCUCCAAAGGGCGCUGUAGACGCUGUUGGCAGUAAUUUGGUUCAACGAAUCGGAAACCUGAGCCUCCGGAGGGCCAGCACGCAGGAUUCUCAGAACAGUUCCAGGGCUCCAUCUGUUCGGGAGGUCUGA